AUGGGAGUAGUUCUUAUAAAAUAUGAUUACAUGAAGUAUCGACUCUACUCAAAACAAGAAUUCAAACAUGGCGACGGCAGAGGACUUGAAAACGUUUUGAAAGAAACGUUAGAAAAUAGAGGUGUGCUUGGUCAAAUCAAGGCAAGAAUUCGUGCCGAGGUUUUACGAGCGUUAGACGAUCAGGACGAAGAGAAGCCAAGCCUCUCAAAUGAGAAUAUGCUGAUAAACGAACUGAUCAGGGAAUACCUGGAGUUUAACAGAUACAAGUACACAUUAUCUGUGCUGUUGACGGAAACUGGUCAGCCAAAAGAAUGUUUGAGUCACGAGUUCCUGGCCAACGAGUUGAACAUUGCUGAAGAUAAAACGACAAAACCAGUACCGUUAUUGUACAGCAUACUGGCGCAUUCUUUGAAAGAAAAACACAUUAAAGACCUUAAGCCACAAACCACCGUGACGAAUGGAGAUGUAAUCGCGAAUUUGGAAAAUGGCCCGGUGUAUGACGAAGAUCAGGUGACACAUAUUCGUAAACCGGAAGCAAUAAACAUAACCAAUGACAGGAAACGAUAAUUUACUAUAAAGAGUGAUCUGAUAAAUGUGAUCACACCUUCGUUAAAGGGCAUAGACUUAAGAAUUUUACUACUUAAAUUAUAGUUUCAUUUAACAGAACUUUGAAAAUGACAGUGUAUUUUCUAAAACAGUUUUUGCAUCUCUUUUCAUUCUCGACAUAUUGAAAUUUUUGUAAUGUCCGAUCUAUGCAACUUUCUACGUCAUUUUGCAUAAUGAGAAUUUGAAAUAGCAGGUAUAUUUGCCGUUUUGUUACCUCAACCGAGCAGAGCUCCCUUUGAAUUAAUGGUAUAAACAAUUGCAUGAUCAUUUCAACGAAAAGUUGACUUGAAUAUAAAAGAUGUUUGAAACUUUGCAGGGACUUAUGCAAAAUGACGUAGAAAGUUGUGUAGAUCGAAC